AUGUCCUCCCAACCUCCUUUUCGCAGAAGCUUCUCCUUCGACAACGACGACAGUCCCCCCUCGUACGCGACCUACGCUUCGCCGCCCGCCGGCCACGCUCAGCCAAGUCCCGACGCGUUAACUCCCCCGCCGCCGCCCCAGCACCGCAAUUUCGAGAACUUCGCUCCGGCCCCCACCGGCCCCUACGCCGGUAUGGACACUUCAGGAAACCAACAACAGCCCUACUCGCCCUACUCGCCCUUCGCCGGCAGCACCCCGUCGCAAAGUCACGCCAUGAAUCCCGCCGCCCACAGCUCCCAGGAGCCUCUGACCCACCCCGGUGCCAAUGAGUCGCGCCCAUCUCUCAACAGCCAUUCCAACCACUCUGGCCACGACGGCUACUCGUCAUGGUCCGACGACCCGUUCAACUACCACUCCAGAUCCGCUCCCUUCGCUGCUAUUGAUCCCAAUGACAUUGAAGACGACGGUGACGACGGCAUCCCGCAACCGGCUCCCUCAAAACGCAACACCCUCUUCGGCAAAAAGGGUGCCAUCGCCGGUGCUGGCGCUGCCGGCGUCGGCGGAGCCGCAGCUAUGGCCAGUCUUAACCAUGACGGAAACGGAAAUUAUGGACCUGUGCCUGGCGGAAGCACCGAGUACACGCAUGACAACCGCGGCCUCGAGAAGGGCGCUGGUGCGGCAGCGGCCAACAAGAACGGCAAGAAACGUUUGUGGACCAUCGUUCUGGUUGCUCUUGUCGUCGUUGCCGUCAUCGUCGGCGUUGUUAUCGGCGGGGUUCUCGGCAGCAGAGCCGGGUCGCCUGACGAUAGUAAAAGUGCCGGAGCAUCCGCCUCGGACGACCAGGCAAAGAAUGGCGAUCUCGACAAGAACUCGGACGAGAUCAAGAAGCUUUUGAAUAAUCCUGACCUGCACCGCGUCUUCCCUGGAAUGGACUACACCCCUCUGAAUGCCCAGUAUCCCGACUGCCUGUCCAACCCGCUGAGCCAAAACAACGUGACUCGUGACGUGGCGGUUCUCAGCCAGCUCACUCCUGCAAUUCGUCUUUAUGGAACCGAUUGUAACCAGACCGAGAUGGUCCUGACCGCCAUUGACCGCCUUGGUCUCACCGAUGUCAAAGUGUGGAUGGGUGUCUGGCUGGGCAACAACGACACGACCAACGACAGGCAACUUUCGCAAUUCUGGGAGAUCCUCGACAAGCACAAGGCCGAUCCCUUCGCCGGCGUCAUCGUCGGCAACGAGGUCCUCUACCGCAAAGACCUGAGCUCGGACGAGCUCGGCAAGAUUCUCGGAGACGUCAAGCAGAACCUUACGGAUCACAACUGGGACCUUCCGCUCGCCACGUCCGAUCUGGGAGACAAUUGGACCGCGGAUCUGGCGUCCGAGGUCGACGUCGUCAUGGCCAACAUUCACCCUUUCUUCGCCGGCGUCGAGGCCACCGAGGCUGCGAGCUGGACCUGGACCUUCUGGCAAGGUCACGACGUGGCCGUCACCAAGAACCUGAAGGGCAAGACGCACGUCAUCAGCGAAACGGGCUGGCCGUCUGGCGGCGGCAACGAUUGCGGGGAGUCGACGUGCUCGAGCGACACCCAGGGCAGUGUUGCCGGCAUCGACGAGAUGAACACGUUUUUGGACGAUUGGGUCUGCUCGGCGUUGAAGAACGGCACCGAGUACUUUUGGUUUGAGCUGUUUGACGAGCCUUGGAAGAUCAUGUACAACACCAAGGACGAGAACUGGGAGGACAAGUGGGGCCUCAUGACGGUCAACCGCGAGCUCAAGAAGGGCGUCAAGAUACCCGAUUGCGGCGGCCAGGAAGCAACUCUGUCGUCCAAGAGAUAG